AUGGGAAGUGUACAGUUGAAUGGUUCAGGCUUAGUAGCUUCUCUAUCUCCAAAACAUAACUUUACACACAAAACCAAACUUAAUUAUCCUAAGUCAAUACACAAUGCCACCAGAUUGAGCAGAGUCAAAACCAUCCGAGCCAUAAGCACUACUGCACCAGCGAGCCAGCCUAUAGCCGCAGAUCAGCCCGAUGACGAACCUCCAGCUGUUGAUUUCGCGUUCGUCCAUUCGGUGUUGUUACCGGACGGGACACCGGACGUGCAUUGGAGAAGAGCUUGCGGUGGACAGAAACUUAGAGACAUAAUGUUGGAUUCUAACAUCGAACUCUAUGGUCCUUACAGUAAGGCCUUGUCAAACUGCGCAGGAGUAGGAACUUGCGCUACUUGCAUGGUCGAGAUUGUAAACGGGAAGGAGCUUCUAAAUCCACGAACUGAUAUUGAGAAGGAGAAACUGAAAAGGAAACCAAAAAAUUGGAGACUCGCCUGUCAGACCAGCGUGGGAAAUCCAGAUUCUACAGGAUUGGUGGUGAUACAACAAUUGCCAGAGUGGAAAGCUCAUGAAUGGAAUAUUCCUAAAAUUCUACCUAAUGAUGAUGAUCCCGAAACUUCUACCUGA